AUGGCUACCGGACACACUGAGAGCCCGUACGACAAUCCCUACGACGAUGACCAUGCUAUACUAGAGGAUGACUUUUUGAACGACGAUGUCGAACCCGAUGAGCCCUCACACAGCAUCUCAGAUCGUGCUCCGUUAACAGGCAACAUUCAGUCAUCCUCGACCAGCGCACCUCUGAACCAGAAUUACCUGACGUCGAGAAUCCCCGGCGAAGACAGGCGCGCACCGCAGAAUACAAUUGACGAAACUGUUUGGGAUACCGUAUCCAGAGAUCUGUUCGCGGUAUGGGAGAAGAUGAAGCAAGUUCUCUACCCCAAGUACCUCCUUGGUGGCAUGCUCCAAAGACAAGGCGCCGGCAUGGGCGACGUCGAGAGUCAAGGGGCAGCCCUCGGAAGAGAUUUGAGAGGGUUGCUAGGACGAUGGCCCGACGCAGACGGGAUCUUGCAGGGAGGAAUGAGUGAGGGUCUGCGAGAUUGGGACCUAUGGGGCCCGCUCAUAUUCUGCUUGCUGUUGAGCGUCUUCCUCUCUAUGCGAGCCAGCAAGGGCCAGACGGAUUUGGUCUUCUCCGGCGUCUUUUCUUUAAUCUGGGUUGGCGAGGCUGUAGUGACACUUCAAAUCAAACUCCUGGGGGGAAACAUCUCAUUCAUGCAGUCGGUCUCAAUCAUCGGCUAUACCUUGUUUCCCUUGACCAUUGCCGCCCUCCUCAGUGCACUUGGUCUACCUACGAUUGUGCGCAUUCCAGUCUAUCUUGUCCUGGUCGCGUGGUCACUUGCUGCCGGAGUUAGUAUUCUCGGAGGGUCAGGUGUAGUCAAGAACCGGGUUGCGCUGAGUGUUUACCCUCUCUUUGUCUUCUAUAUCGGGCUCGGGUGCCUUUGUUUUAUUAGCUAG